CCAGAUUUCUGAGUGCAGGGGACAAGCCGAGGACACAGCUGAGCAGAUGGAUCCGUUUCUCAUGUAUGGAGACCUGUAUGAACGUAUCAUGCUUGACACAAUUGAUCCAUCGCAGCAUAUUGCAGAGGAUGUUGACAGGAGCUCAGAAUGCUUCUCUGUGUGCAUGGCACUGGCAGCUGUCAAACAGGUGACACAAAACAGGAUGUUAUUAGGCAGUGAAGAUUCAUUGAUUGAAAAGAUGAAGGUGGAGCCCAACAGAGAUAUGAGAUGGAGGCGCCUUGUUGGAAUCUGUGAAAAAGUGACUGAGGGCGCUCUAGCAGAGCUGAGCCCCGGUCUGUCCCAGAUUGUGCUCCACACAGCUGUAGUGGUGCACCUGUCCCAAGCCCCUGAGGCUGCACUCCUGCGGACUCUGUGCUUCAGACCUGGAGAUGCCAAGGACAUCUUUUUGCCAACAAUGCCAAGUUCAGUAUAUGAGAUAAUGAGCUGGAUUAAGCCCACAGAUGAGAAUGACAAAAACACGGUUUGGAGAUGUCAGUGUGGUGAGCCUGUUGUAAUUGGAAAUUGUGGGAGACCCUGGGUAACAGAUAAAUGUAUUAGCUGCGGCCAAGAUGUUGGCGGUGUGAUGCACAAACCAGUGGAGGGGUUUCAACAGACUGAAAAUGGAGAGGGUAGUGGAAGAGGCCAUAACCUCGGUGAUCCUGAGAGUCGGAAAGAUCAGGAAGGAGAGCGCAAUCUUUUUGGGGCUCAACUUCUUCUGGUCCAAGCCCUCAUUCACUCAUCUUUGAUUUGGGGCUCAGUGGACCAUCCUGAGGAAAUUCAAAACAUAAUACAGUUUGAAACAACCGAUGUAAGAGCAUACCUGUGGUGCCAUCUCCAGAAAGACAUUGACUUGCUUGCCAGUGCUCUAGGAAAAAGUAUUGAGGAUGCAGAAACGGCUGUCCACUUUUUCCUGAAACACAUCAUGGAAACUAAAACAGGAAAUGAAGACGAAGGAGAGGAUGGGCAAAAAGAGGAAAAAGAUGAGCAUGAUCAGGAUGAAGAAGAAGAGGAGGGAUUUGAAGUGGAGGAAGAUGAAGAAGAGGAGGAGGUGGAGGGAUUUGAAGUGGAGGAAGAUGAAGAAGUUAAAGAGGAGGAAGAAGAAGAGGAGGAGGAGGAAGAAGAAGAGCAACAUGACGACCUUGCAGAUGCAGACAACAGCAUUGCAACCACUGAAACUGAACAGAAAAGAGUGGAUUGGGAAACAUCAAUCCAUGAAAAACUGCAGACCUUAUUUGUGGACUUUGAGGACCGUUUCUCCAGUAUGCACAGUAACAUUCUCAGAAAGGGAGGGAUGAAGAAACUAGCCCAGAUAGUCUACAGCCCAGUACCCGAAUUGACAGACCUACCAAUCACAGGCGUGUGUAACCUUCCCCUGAUGUGGAGAUUUGAGCAGAGGAUGACAAUUCAGCUGCUCAAACACCUCAUUGAGCAGAAAGACGAGUGGAAAAACCUGCCAGUGCUCAAAGAGCUCCUGAAAAAUUCUACCCACAUACGGUACAUCAGAUAUCUGCCUCAAGUCCUCAGCCUGCAGCACAAACUGAUGCAUCACUUUCGCAAUGUGGAUCUGCAAUGCUAUGAGAAUGUGCCUAUCAGGACCUUUAUUAAGGAGAAUGUUCCAGAUGCUGAGAUUGAAGUUUUCAUUGAAAAUGUGGAUAUUGUGAAGAUAAUAUGGGGCCAUUUGACAACAAUUAAAUACCCCAGAAUCCCUAAAGAUGUGAUGGACAAGAAAACGGAAGACUUGAUGAUCCUGGACCUUCUACCCAGACAAAAAUCUGUCAUUUACACAGUGACAGACUACCUUGUUAGAAUGCAGAAUGACUGUAUUAACUGUGCCAACCCAAAAGAGAACAGGCUCAUCAAAACUAGUGAGGUCAAGCCUUCCCAUGUGAUUGACUGCACCCCUGAGCAAGACUUCUUGACAAUUGCAAUGUCCAACAUUGACCAUGUGGUGUGUGAAGACGGGACAGAGAGCACCAACUACAACUUUAAGACCCUGGAGAGGCAGAUAGUCGACCGCUUCUUCACAGAGAAACCUAUCAUCAACGUUACUACCAUUCCCUCAUUUGAGUACAACACUGGAACAACCCUUCGUGCUUUCUUCAGCAUGGUGAAGGAACGCCUGGAGCCUUUAAACACCAAUGAGCGGAACAGCAUCUUAAAUGACUUCAGGUUCCUGAAUGAGAUCUCAGCUGCCCUCUCUACACUGAAAAUUGCCAUUGGGUUUAUGCAGCUAUCAUUCCCUCCUGCUGAGGAGUACCUGGUGAACUACCUGAGGAAAGAGCUGAAGCUGGAGGAUAGAACACACACCCUCAGCUUACCGGUGCUGAGAACCAGCAGAGUGAAGCAUAUCCAGUCUCUAUGGGAGGUGCUAUCCCUGAGGCAGUCCUCCCUGCUGAUUGAGAUGAAUCAGAAUCCAUUCUUCAUGAUAGAGCCAGAGUUUCAUGAGGCGUUUUCUGAGGAUCAGAGGAAGGAAAUCACCCUCAAACUGGCAAACCUCAAGAAAGAGGACCUCUUCAUUACAGAACUGCAUUAUGUCAUCAUGAACAUUCAUCUGAAGGAUGUCUCUCCCGACUGGAGCUUGAAAGAAACAUUUGAUGCCUUUGUGGACUUUGGAGAGAUUGAUGAGAAUGUGUUGGAGAGUGUGGAGUCUCUAGAGUUGGACCUGGAGAUGAAGAACAGCAUUGCUCUGUGGAAAAUGGUUGUUAAGAUGAAGAGAGGCCUCUCUGUGUGAUGCCCACGCAGACCUUCCACAUUAUAUAGCUACUUCACUUUUUGGUUUUUAUUUAACCUUUUAAAUCACUAGCAUAUAUUUCAGUUAUCCAUUAAUUAUUUAUCCUAUAACAAAUAGACUCUUGAUAAGUUUAACUUCUUUGCCUUUGACUGUGUUAAUGUGAUUCAUAAUGAGAUUGUUAUUUCACAAUCUGUAGAUUUGAAAGACACCCUAUUAGAAAGAAAUUUGAAUUUGAAUUUGUGUUAGUUAAUAAUGAAAUGGGUUCUCUAGUUUUAUAUUUAGUAAAUUUAGUAAAUCUCUAUCUUUUACUUUUGUUUGAUUUGAUUUGGUGUAUCGUAAUUAAUCCGCAAUACUGCCAUGGCUAAUAAACUGAUUGAAGUAUU